AUGUCGGAUCCGGAUAUAAUCUUGCGUACCAAUGUCGUCAGAAAGUCGGUGAUGGAUUUGCGAGACUACCGUGCCUUAAAGUUGAAAAAUGGUCUCAAAGUUCUGUUGAUCAGUGAUCCUGACACCGACAAUUCGGCCGCGUCUUUAGCUGUCGCAGUUGGUAGUCUAAACGACCCGAAAGCUCUUCCAGGUCUAGCACAUUUAUGUGAGCACAUGCUUAUCAUGGGCACAAAAACAUAUCCGGGAGAAAAUGAAUUUUCGCAGUUCAUAGCACAAAAUGGUGGAUAUUAUAGUGCGUACACAGCAAUCGAUCAUACAAACUAUUAUUGUUCCUCUAAAACAGAUGAACUCAGACCACUAUUGGACAGAUUUUCUAGAUUUUUCUUAGAACCAUUGUUCACUGCAAGCUCGGCAUUAAAAGAAAUUAAUGCUAUUGACUCUGAACAUGAAAAAAAUAAAACUGACGACAAUUGGCGUUUGGAACAACUAAAAAGAAGCUUAUCCGUCCCAAAUCAUCCCUUUAACAUGUUCGGCACAGGUACAAAGCAGACAUUGUGGGAUAUCCCAAAGAAAAAGAAAAAGAAAAUUAGUCAUAAACUAUUGGAGUUUCAUUCAAAAUGGUAUUCUUCAAAUUUAAUGAAUCUAGCUGUACUCGGAAAAGAGGAUUUAAACACGUUAGAAUAUAUGGUUGUAUCAUUAUUUAAACAUAUCAAAAAUAAAAAUAUAAAUUUGCCGACAUGGACUGACCCAAUUUAUAAAAAAGAACAGCUUGCAACUAAAACCAUUGUAGUUCCAGUAAAAGAUAUCAGACAACUAAUUGUUAACUUUCUUCUUAAAGAUCAGCAACCAUACUAUAAGACCAUGCCUAUUGAUUAUUUGAACGCGCUAUUUGGUGACAAGGGUCCAACUAGUAUUUCAGCUGUCCUAAUGAAAAAGGGAUGGUCUACCGGAAUGUUGGCCAAUAACAUAGUCGAAGCUAGAGGCAUUGAGUAUUAUGAGAUUUACGUUGAAUUAACAGAAGUUGGAUUGGAUCAUGUCGAUGACAUAGUCAAAUUAAUAUUUCAGGUAAUGUUAUUUUUAAUCAAUUUAAUUAAAUUGAUUCAAGUUUAAGUUUGUAUAUUUUACAUACACAUUUUACAUAAUUAAUUCGGUGUAGUAUGUGAUUAUGUUAAAACAAAAUGGCCCUGUACCAUGGUUCCACGA